AUGACCAUCGUAUACCCACGACGCAUCGUCGCAAACAAGGGCGAACAGAUCGACCCUGCAGAAUGUCAUGCUUUACCUUUUACCCUCACAAGCAACGAUAUCAGCAAGCCAGAGAUCAUCUUGGACUAUGGACGAGCAGAGAGAGGACGGCCUUUUUUCGAAGUCGCGAGCGCAGGAUCUACCGUGGGAAACAUCCUGUUCGAGGCCGUCUACAGCGAACAAUUCGGUGCCAUCAGCGACAAAGGCGGAGACGGUCCCUACUUCCUCUUCUCAAAUGCAAUGGAUACGUACCGAAACGUCCUCCACGAGGUUAAACCGUCAUCAUCAACGCACACAGUGGUCGCAAGACAUGAGCAAUGCUCUCAGCGCUAUCAGCGAAUCAGGCUUCUGACUCCAAACACAUCCAUCACCUUUCUUUCGGUCGGCUUUUGGUCUGCAAAGUCAGAAAAAGCUUCUCCAUCCUUAUUCCGCUGUUCAGACCCGAAGCUCAACAAGAUAUGGGAACAAGGUGUACGUACUAUCGAGAUGUGCACUGUACAGAAAAACGAGACGCUUCCGGCGUGGGACGUCACUGCUGAUGGCACUACGAUACACGGUUCACACUGGGCUCCUUGUCGUCAGGGGACUCGCUGGACGGAUAUCUGUGUUCGUUUCGAUGUCAGGAUUGAUCGCAGGGGAGCGAGCUGGGGUAUUCACAUGGUCGCAAACGGCCUUGUCUUCUGCCUUGACAAAGAGCGGCGGACACUUACCGCACAUGAAGGAUUGUCACACGAAUCUUCUGUCUUUCCAUCAGUCGCAAGAGGUGACUGGCUGAUAGACGGCAAAGUUCUUGAACCCGAAUGGCUAUCCAUUAGGAUGUUCGCUGAAGGUGCUCAAGUUUUGGUUCUCAUCAACGAUGUCGAGGUCGCAACUGUUUCUGAUCUCGACCUCCACCCACUUCUUGGUGGUUCAGCGAACAACUCUGGGUCUAUCGCCUUCGGCGGGCCUUCAGGUUGGACCUCGACCCUUCGAAACUUGACUGUUACGGAUCUCGACGCCGCCACACUCUACUCGAACAGCUUCCUGCCUGUCGACAAGGAAAGAACAUUUGCCGAUUUCGCCGUCGGUACAAACCCUCUGCCUUGUAUGAUCGAUGGUGCAAAACGAGACAGAGCGGUGUUUGGUGGUGACCUGCACAUUUCCGGCAGGGCGGCGGCAUUCUCGAGCGCCAAUCUCGAAGCAGUCCGAGGGAGUAUCGAGCUACUUACCUCACAUCAGACCAAGGAUGGUUAUCUUGGCAAUCUUUGUCCAAUUCAGGCGCCGAAACACACUACUGAUGACGAGCCACCCACAUAUGCUUUCUAUUCAUUGACUUAUGCUUUGCUGCUUAUGGUCGCUGUCAAAGACUAUUGGUUGUUCUCUGGGGACGAGACAAUUGUGGGGGAAAUCUGGCAAAAAGCUAAGAAUCUGAUCGCUUUUGCGGAACGAUUUCAGGAUGAUAGACUGCUUGUUGCAGCCCCUCCACCACUGUCAUGCAUGUAUUUCCAAUCAUCGAACCCAUUCGCAGUAACAUUCUUUCCCCUGAGUGGUCCAGUCCUCGGAGUUUCUACCGAGAUCAAUCUCGCAUUCUACGACGCUCUCAAAGCCAUGGCGGCAAUGUCACCGUCUGACAAAGAGAAGCAGGAAUCAGAAACAAAAGCUGACGUCCUCAAGCAAGCCAUCAUUCAGCAUCUAUGGGACGAGGAAAGUGGUAUACUACACAUGAGUGACACUUCUUCACCAACUGGACUAUGUGCUCACGUCAAUGCGUAUGGUCUUUCCCUGGAUAUCAAGCCUCCUCACACGGAAGACAAAGAGAAUUUAGUCCAACCAAGCAGCAAGCUUCCGCUGGCUUUCCGAGGUCUAGAACCACGAUUUGAUUCAGCAGGACUUUGUAGUCCAUACAGUGCCGCCUUCGCCGUCGAGGCAUGCUUCAGCCAGAAUGACGGCCUUGGAGCACUCAGUCUGCUCGAUCGCGUCUGGGGUCCUAUGACAGACGAAACACACCCCAACUUCUCAGGAGGCUUGUGGGAAGCCAUGAAUGCAGAAGGCGAACCCCUACACAAGGAUACUUCUCUCAUGCAUGCUUGGUCUUCGAGUCCAGUAUAUCUGCUGCCAAUGUACCUCGCCGGUGUUGAGCCAACGAAGCCUGGCUGGGAAGAGUGGAAAACUUCGCCUGUCUAUGCGGAACUUGAUGAAGUUGAAGCUGUAGUCGAAACGCCAGCUGGCUUGCUGCAGAUCCGAUGGAUCUUCAAGACUGAUGAAGAAGAUCGUGGCUUUGUUUUUGUUGAUGUGCCAAAGGGUACCGUUGGUGUCAUUUCGCCCCCCAAAGGAUGGCUUAUCGGUAAUGGAGACUGGACUUGUGGUUAUUCAGAGACUGGUAUUGUGGUAGAGUCUGGGACGAUAAGGCUGCUCUUGAGGCGCGAGUGUUAG